GUUGGUCAAAGGAAUCGAGCGAUCCCAUUGUCUCCAUUGCUGGUGAUGCAACUUCCCCGCCACGCGCUAUCACGCCAUUUCCCAAGGCGAUGAGCGUCGCUCCAUAUGAGUACGAGUACUAGUACGUACUAGUACUCCUCAUAUAUUCUCACAUACCUCGGCCGCCUUACUCUAUUCCUCGCAGACAUCUCCAUGUUGCUCUUUAUGAUUACCCGCUUCCUUAUCUCAGGUUCACGGGCCUCCCAACUUCAUCAUCCUUCCCUGGCCGGCCCAGCCUAACACCAUGGCACCCGGACUGCUCGUCGAUGAGCCGCAAGGACAGCUUCCCAACUCAUCCAAACGCAACGAAGAUGCCCCCCGCCACAUCUUCCCGGACGGCAUACGCACCUCGGGCCAACACCCGCCUCUUUACGAGCUCCUAAAGUCUUACUCCUCCUUCCCCAAGGAAAUUACCGGUCCCACAGUCUGGCAAGCUUCCGACUUCGCCUCGCAUCCCGAGCGCUGGAUCCACCGCUUUACACCCCUCGAGAUCUCCGAACUCAGCACCGCGGCAGACGCCUUCAUCGCAUUGGGGACGCCGCUGACGGGGAUCUCCCAAUCCAACUUCCGCCUGCCGCACCUCGGCCAGACGCUCUCCGCCCUGCGGGACGAGCUGCUCAACGGCAAGGGCUUCAUCCUCUUCAAGGGCUUCUCCGCGGACCAGUGGUCCGUUCACAAGACCUCGGUCGCGUACAUGGGCCUGGGCACCCACCUCGGCUACUUCGUCUCGCAGAACGGGCGCGGCCACGUGCUGGGCCACGUCAAGGACGUGGGCGACGACCCGACGCAGAUCCACAGCGUGCGCAUCUACCGCACGGCGGCGCGGCAGUUCUUCCACGCCGACGACGGCGACAUCGUGGGCCUGCUGUGCCUGCACCGCGCGCGCGAGGGCGGCGAGAGCGACGUCGUCAGCGUGCACCGCGUGUGGAACGUGCUGCAGCGCGAGCACCCGGACGUGGCCGAGCUGCUGACCCGCCCCGUGUGGUACUUUGACCGCAAGGGCGAGGUGUCGCACGGCCAGGACGAGUGGAUCCGCCAGCCGGUCGUGUACCUGGAGAACGGGGGCCGGGGGAGGCUGUAUUGCAAGUGGGAUCCCUACUACGUCCGGAGUCUGACGCGGUUUUCCGAAAAGGGCAUCGUGCCGCCGCUGAGCCCGGAGCAGGUCAGGGCGAUGGAGAUCCUGGAGGAGACGUGCCAGCGAGAGGCGCUGCAUAUGGUGUUGGAGGUCGGGGAUAUUCAGUUCCUGAGCAACGCACAUUUGCUGCAUGCGAGGACGGCUUAUAAAGACUUUGCUCCCCCUGCACCACGGCGUCAUCUCCUCAGAUUAUGGCUGGCUACCCCUGAGGGCGAGGGUGGUUGGGCAUUGCCCAUGCCCGACAGCCACGAGAAGAAGCGAGGGGGUGUUCAGGUGAACGACACACCGCCCAGAGCACCAUUAGAUGCCGAGUAAGAUGUUCGCUGAAUAAAUACCUAAGUACAACUGAACAAGUAACUGGAUGUGAGUUUGC